ACAAUAUCAGAAUCCUAUUUCAUCAAACCGUAAUACGCAAUACUAUUAUCCACCAUGCCCGCCAAGCAAGAACUCGACGUCUUCAUCCACGACAUGCUCGCUAUGAGUGCCUUCUGCUACCACUUCCAUAGCAUCCGCACCAUCGUUCGCAGCAAAGACAACACAACAGUAAAGACCGGAUUCCUCGGUUUCGGCAAGCCCCGUGAGAUCAAGUUCUUCCGCCCGGAACUGAUCAUCACUCGCAACUCAGGUAUCGAAAGAGACCCGAACCAGCAGCUCCUCCACGACAUCACCCCAGCCGCCAUCCAGGAGUUCAUCGAGAAUAACCGCAGCUUGUUUCAGGACGACGACAUGGACGGAUCUCUUGAAUUCGACCCUUCGGACACAAAGAAGGACGAGCCGUUUCUCGUCGAAGGAGUUCUCAAGGAACAGAUGGAGGACAACCUCAAGAUCAUUGAUUACGUAAGUUGUUUUUGUUGUUGUACUUCUGUUGUGGACUACGGUUGUGGUCUACUGUGAUACUGUAGUCACUGUACCCCUCACUCCCUUUCAUCCUACAUCUGUUUAUCGCCACGUUAUUAUCUGUUUUGCAUUGCAUUUGCAUUGAUUUUAUUUGCAGGAUGACCGAUUCAGCACUGACAAGGGUGGGCUCGUUUACAUGAUCGUCACCAAUCUCACGCAGAAAACGAUCACCGUCUGCUUCCGCGGCACCAUCGGCACCACCGACAUGCACACCGACCGCGACUUCAGGCUGAAUACCGAGGCUUUCUUCGGGAGCGAAGAUGACUUUUCGGUCCCUAAGUCCGAAUCGCACAAUCCCGCGACGCACAACGGCUUCACGACCUACCUCACCUCGAACCGGGAAACUGAUUCCAUUGAGCGCCCCUACGCGCAGCGAAUUCUAGCGUGUCUCAAUGCCGAGUUCGGCAAUAACAAGGAUGUCAAAGGAAAGGGCUUCAAACUCUUCGUGACCGGCCACAGCCUCGGCGGAGGCCUAGCCAACCUCUUCGCCUUCCGAGCUGCCCAGCUUAAGGCGCGUGGCGACAAGGCCGUCGAGCACCUGCCCGAUAUGAUCAAGGCGCUGACCUUCGCCGCCCCCUGCGUCGGCAACGAGGGCUACGAGGCAGAAUUCCAGGCCCUCGAGAAGAAAGGGUUCCUCCGCCACAUUCGCGUCGCCAACGAGGAAGACGUCGUCCCCACCAACUGCAUCAGCUUACCCUUUUCGUUAGCCAUCAAGGGUGACACAAGCUUGUACCGCCAGAACGGCGUGAACCUCCAGUUUCACCCAGACAAGACUUGCGACAUCGUCUACGGGAACACCAAGAGCAUGUUGUCCCAGUUUAGCCCCACCAGGAGCCUGAACACCCACUAUCUCACCGAGUACCGCGUAAGGGUGGGCAAGCCCGAAAACGAGAAAGUGUAUGAUCAGACCAUUGAGGACAUCUACAAGGAAGCCACCAACAACUUUGCCGCAUAAAUUCUUGUACGUGAUUUAGUUGUGAGUGAAUAAGUAUGUUGUCUUAUGUUUGCCGUUGGUAAUGUGGUAUGGUUUGGCUUGCUUUUGUUGCCAACUUUUGUUGGGCAAGAACGAAUGAUUUAUCGGUUGUAUCGGAACAUGUUCUUUCUUUUCUAAUAAUAAGAUACAAAGAUU